UUUCACGGGGUUCACAAUACUAAAAAUGCAUCACGUAUCUUUUUGGUAUUUCAGGCUGUUGGUUAUAGCUGCAACCGUUACAUAUGUUCUGGCCGUUAUGUGUUACACCUGCGUUGGAGAUGGGUGUAGGGAUCCGUUUGACGAAAGCCAAGCUGUACAAAUAUCCUGUAACGGAAGUUGUUUGAAGGAAAUUAAAAACGAUCAUAUACAGAGACAUUGUACGGAAAGUUUUGGUUUCCCAUUUGACGACAAGUGUAUUAUCAAGAUAGGUGGCACAGAAACCUGCUUCUGCUCCACGAAUUUAUGUAACGGAUCCGACAAAAGAAACAUUUCACUAAUUUAUGUUAAAAUGUCUUUCCUCGCAUUUGUUUGGUUAAAGUAAAAAACGAUGAUAAAAAGUUUACCUUCCACAAAAUACAACGAUAAAGGUGUAUAUUACUUUUAUACGUCCUAUAAAUAUCUUUGAAUGCCUUUCCCUAAUUGGCUUACAAGCAAGUUUUUUUGUAAAAAAUAACAGGUCAACAUAAAAGUAUAUUCACAACAGUUUUUUCUUCUUCUAAAAAUCUAAAAAUAGAUUUUAUGGAAAGCCCACAAAAGAUGCGUGCUAUGACGUGACGUCACGCCAAGUUUGUUUGUAUUAGU